AAAAAUACCUCUGAUUUUUUGGAUUUAAAAAUAAAAAUUGUACAGAGCCAUAUUUUGUAAACUACGAUACGAUUUAUAUUCAAAUUUUUGGGAGGGGUUUUUUGCUGAGCCCUAAUUCUCACUCUCUUUAAUUCCCCUCUCUUUUAAAUUUUGUUUCUCAUGAAACUCUUCUUCAAACGCCAUUGCACAUCUCUGUCUCACACACACAACACACACUGCCUCCAAACACCAUCCCAGCUCAUCCACCUCUGCAAAUCUGGCCCCCUCUCCGACGCAAUCAAGCUCCUCAACUCCAUAAACUCCUCAAAUUCAACCCCCCUUCACGAUGCCGUUUCGAAGCCGAUACUAUACGCCACCGUCGUGCAUUCCUGCACGCGAUCGCUCCACCUCGCCGCCGGCAUGCAGCUCCACUGCCACCUCAUCAAGUCCGGCCUCGAAGCCGACCGCUUCGUCGGCAACAGCCUCCUCUCCCUCUACUUCAAGCUCGCCUCCGAUUUCAGCGACGCGCGCAGAUUAUUCGACGGAUUGCGCUACAAGGAUGUCGUAUCGUGGAGCUCGAUGAUAUCGGGGUACAUUCGCGCGGGGAAAUCGAGGAAAUCCGUCGAAUUGUAUCUGGAAAUGCUGGAUGCUGGGAUUGAACCGAACGCUUUCACUCUUUCUGCGGUGAUCAAGGCGUGUUCGGCGAUUCUAGGGUUUAAAUUGGGGAAAUGCCUGCACGGAGCUGUGGUGAGGUGUGGAUUUGGGGGUAAUGAGGUGAUCGUUGCGGCUCUGAUUGAUAUGUAUGGGAGAAAUGGCGAAGCGAGUGCCGCCUGCAAACUGUUUGACGAAAUGCCUGACCCGGAUUCCGUUUGUUGCACCUCGGUGAUCUCGGCGCUCACGAGGUGUGAUUUGUAUCUCGAGGCUCUGGUGAUGUUCAAUUCAAUGCGUAAGAAGUUUGGAUUCAUGCCGGAUUGUUUCACUUUUGGGAGCGCUCUAACAGCAUUGGGAAAUCUUGAGAGGUUGAAGCAGGGUCGAGAAGUUCACGCCUUGGCUGCGACGGGGGGUUUCGCUGCUGAUGUUUUCGUAGGUGGUAGUUUAGUCGACAUGUACGCGAAAUGUGGGGCGCUGGAGGAUUCACGCCGUGUUCUCGAUGGAAUGCCGAGGAAAAACUCUGUUUCUUGGUGUGCUCUGCUUGGUGGUUAUUGCAGGAAGGGCGAAUUUGGGGCUGUUGUCGAGGUGUUUAGAGGCAUGGAGAAGGAUCUUUACAGCUUCGGAACUGUUCUUCGCGCCUGUGCUGGUUUGGCCGCUGAGAAGCUCGGGAUGGAGGUGCACUGCCAGUACCUGAGACGAGGCAGCUGGAGAGACGUCGUGGUGGAGUCAGCUCUCAUAGAUCUAUACGCCAAAUGUGGUCGAGUUGAUUUUGCUUAUAGAGUUUUCUUGAAGAUGGAUGUGAAGAAUCUGAUCACUUGGAACUCGAUGAUUGGUGGCUUUGCACAGAACGGGAGAGGCGGAGAAGCUGUGCGGAUUUUUGAUCAGAUGAUUGAAGAGGGGGUUAAGCCUGACUGCAUAAGCUUCAUUGAAGUUCUCUUUGCUUGCAGCCAUGGUGGCUUGGUUGACGAGGGCCGGAGGUACUUCGCCUCAAUGUGGAAUAACUAUGGGAUGAAGCCGGAGAUUGAACACUACAGUUGUAUGGUUGAUCUCUUGGGCCGUUCUGGGGAGAUAGAGGAAGCCGAGGAUUUGAUUGUGGGCUCGGGAUUUGGGAAUGAACCCACGCUUUGGGCUGCUCUGCUCAGUGCUUGUGGUUCCACGUUGAGCCCUGGUGUUGCAGAGCGCGUUGCUAAGAAACUGAUCGGGUUGAAGCCGGAUUGUCACUUGAGUUAUGUGCAUUUGGCUAAUGUGUAUAGGAGUGUUGGGAGGUGGAAAGAGUCUCAUGAGAUUUGGAAGCAGAUGAAGGAUAGAGGUGUGAAGAAAUUGCCAGGAAUGAGUUGGAUUGAUAGAAGCAGCUCAAAUCCAUCCAUGAAUGUGUGAGUUUUUUUUAUGUAUGAAUAGAGAGAAAGCAAUUUUGAUGAUUUGGGUUCUCUUCAUUGUUGUUUGUGUGGAGUUUGAGCCUUGAUUUGUGGGAGAUGUUAGUUUGAGUGUUGAUCAUUUUGAUGGAAAGUUGGGAUUAUGUGGCGAAAAUAUAUAAUUUUUUUUUUACUUGGGGGGAGUUGGGGGAGUAGUGGGGUUUGAACCCGGAACCUCACUGUUCACACACAGGAGGUCGCACCGCUUGGUGUCCCCUUGGAGACUUGUGGCGAAAAUAUUCAUAACAAGAUUUAACUUUUUUGCAA